GCUUUCCGGCGGGGUGGGCUGCAUCCUGCUUACGGCCAGACGGGCACCGGGAAGACCUCACGAUGGAGAGCGUCGAGCGGAGCAUCGCACGGGACCUUUUUGACCAGGCGCGUAUCGUCGGUCAACGGUUUCGUUCUUGGAGUUGCUCGGAAACCCGCUGGCGAUCUGCUGGAGGAGACAGAAGAGGUCGAUGUACAGGGAAACAGGGUCCUCUCUGAAGUGGCCGUUCGUGAGGAUAAGGUUGGCAAUGUGCGACCGAAUGUCACCUAUUCGUCUGUGCGUUCUUCGGAAGAGCUUGAAAGCCUCAUCAAUAAGGCUUUGUCACAUCGACGGUCAAGCGCUACUCAACGAAAUGCUAAGAGCAGCCGUAGUCACGCUCUGCUCAGCAUCUCGAUCAAAAAUACGCUCUUGCCGUACGCAGAUGAGGGCCAGCUGGUCCUGGUGGACCUGGCAGGUAGCGAGCGCUACGAGGAUUCGAAAGAUCACGACAAGCAACGCCGCGAUGAAGCGAAAGAGAACAACAAGAGUCUGAUGAACCUCAAGGAAUGCGUCCGGGCGAAGGCGAAGAUGGCGGCAGAAGAUGGCUUCGUGCACAUACCCUGGCGCUCAAACAAGCUGACCAUGCUAUUGAAGGUUCGGGUGCUCGUUCGCCCAUAUUCGACAUCGAGAGUCGUCAGCUCUCCAAAGCGGUCAUCAUUGCCCAUGUCUCUCCACACAUCCAAGACACCACUCAUUCCAGAACCACACCCUCUCGUAUGCUGCGCCUUUCAAGACGGUGCCGCCCAAACCUCGUGGUGCUCCCCGCUUCGACAAGGAGGACCCCCGGACCUGGGACCACCAGAAGACGAUCGAUUGGCUCGCAGAGCAAUUCGACCAGGGACCGUCGACCCGCUUAAGAUCUGCCCCGUCGGUUCGACCGCGAAGAACCUCGGGAUGUUGUACACACCCGAAUUCGUCGAGCGCUGUCUUGCAGCGCGCCACGCCGAAUCAUGCAGCGCGGAGGACCUCAAGAUGAAGGCAGUCCAUGUGAUCGGCAACUUGUUCUACUUGAUCUUGACCGCAAAGACGAGGAAGCGGAACGAGGUGAUGAAGAGUCGUAGGAGGCUAGUCAUGGAAGACACAUACGGCGUCGCACCUCGCAAGGAUCACGACGAAGACUACAACUCGGAAGAGUUCCUCGAAGCCCAGAUCUACUAUGGCAUGUCGCAUGCUUUGAUUCGAUUCGUUUCCAUUGAACUCCUAGCGCAGGCACUGGUUGGCAAGACACUGUUAUUGCUGCCUAUGAAAAAUCGAAGGCGGAGGGGACAGACUGGCAUAAUGUGGUCCACCCUAACACAGUCAAGGACCUGAUAGACAGAUUCCGCGAACAUCAAGCU